CGCCGGUUUCCCGGCGGUUAGUCCGUGUUCGGGGUGUGGAGCCUGCGCGAGGUGACUGGAGCCGACGGGAGGGGUUGGCGGGCGUGGCGUCCGCUGGGACCCCAGCCGCAGUUCUGAGGGAGAAGACCCGGCGACGGCCACGACAGCCGCGCCUGGCCCGCGACUCCAAUGGCGGCCGCCACCUCGAGGGACGCGGCUCAGCUGGUGUGUGGGACCUUCCAAGAUGUGGUCAUUUAUUUCUCCCCUGAGGAAUGGAAGUUCCUUAAUGUGGCCCAGAGGCACCUGUACCUCAGUGUGAUGUUGGAGACCUUUGCACUUAGAACCUCCGUAGGUUGUGGACACAGAGUAGGCGGUAAGGAGGUGCGUGGGCACAGUGGUUCUGUGGCAGGGGUGGCAUUCUCGAGGACUCCAGCUACAGAUGCUUCCAGCCUGAGGGCUCGUCCCUGUGGUGUCUGUGCUUCAAUCUUGAAAGACAUCUUGUGCCUGGCUGGUCUGAGUGUGCAGAAGUGGUCCCAGGGAGGGGCGUGUGCAAGCCUGUCCACACACCAGAGGCUUCUUGGUGCGGAGAAACCUUUUAAGGAGGACACUGAUGGGACUGCACUGUCAAAAAGCUGUGAGUCUUUUGUGUCAGAGAAAUACUUAACUACUUGUAGCAGCUUUUGGGAGAGUUUCCCAUCUUUUUCUGAACUUCAGCCCCUCCUCACCAUUCUUAACAGUGAGGAGACCAGCAGCUGUGACUCUGUGGAAGCACCAAAUUAUGCAGAAAAUUACUACAAAUUGUUUGUGUGCAGCAAAGCUCCCAUCCACAAAAAGAUGUCUAUUUAUAACCCAAGACCCUGCACAGGGAACAAUCUCUCUGAACCUACCAAGAGUGAGCCAUUGUGCCGCAAGGACCACUCACAUGCACAGCCCCACAGAAGCCACAUUAGAGGAAAACAGUAUGAGUGUAAGGAAUGUGGCAAGUCCUUUAAGGAAAGGAGAUCCCUUACUGCACACCAGAGAAACCACACUGGAGAAAGGCCUUAUGGGUGUAGCCAAUGUGGGAAAUCCUUUAAGCGUAAAAGCACCCUUACUGUGCACUUGAGGGACCACACUGGAGAAAGGCCUUAUGUGUGUAGAGAGUGUGGGAAAUCAUUCAAGAGAAAAGCCACACUUACUGUACACCACAGAAGCCACACUGGAGAACGGCCUUAUGAGUGUAGGGAAUGUGGGAAAUCAUUUAAGGAAAAAGGUGUCCUUACUGUACAUCAGAGAGUACACACUGGAGAAAGGCCUUAUGUGUUGUAGAGAAUGUGG